GCAUUCAGUCUGGAUCAUUCUCUUCGAGUGUUUCGGUGUGUUGUCGAGCGUCGCCCACAAAACGUCGUCGUCGUCGUCUUCGUUUUUGUCGUUUGUCUGCGACGCGGUCGAAUCGUAUUUUUCGGGAAGUUUGAAGAUCUUUUGGCCACAGUCAGCUGUUGGUUGCGGGACUAUAUUUCGGAAAGUUGUGUUACAAUUACUAAUGGACUGGUGACGCAAAAGGAAAUAGUCGUACAUAAUGUAAGCAGUUUAUGUGUGUCACCCUUGAUUAAGCGUCUGGCUGGGCCUUUGAACACAAUCACGGAUGGGGAGACGCCGAAAAGUGCAAUGAAUCAGCGCGCGCGCCAAAGUCAACAAUCUAUUCUGCAUAUCUAGAGAGCAAAGUGCGUUGUAGGCGGCAAACGUGCCCAAAGGAAGAUCUUGAUCUUCGUCGUGGUUUUUCAGCUGAAAAGUGAGAGCCAAACAGUUAUUGAAUGACUCAAGUAUACCAAGUGUUGGGUUGGCGCGUUAGUGAAACAGUGAGUUUUCCAGACCGGAGAAUGAAGUCGAAGUGUUGAAAUACAUAACAAUAACAAAUAUAAGGAAUUCCUCCGAAUGUAAGAACCCUUCUGAAUGGUGCCUCAAUGGAAUAUCUAAACACAGCGCCAGUUCCAAAAUUAAACCACUCCUGAAAUGCGCACAAGAACCGGUCGUCGCGUAGUGCUGGAAAUUGAGCGUCGAAGAAGUUUACAACUUUUCCACAAGGAAGCAAUCCAUCGUUAUGGUGAGGAAAGUAUUUUAUAGUGCAAUGCCAGUCGAGUGGAAGUCAUAGUCAAGUUUCGAUUGUCCGCUCGUUGGCUGCACCGCCUAAUGGUGAACGCGAAUCAAGUCGAGCAACGGAAAAAGCAACGUGGUUUUCCUCGUGCCGUCUAAGACGAACACAGUUUUCUAAGUCAAGGUCACCGCCAAGCAGAAGAAACGGCCCACUGAAAGGAGCCACAAGGAGCGGCAGAAUUGGUCGGUCGAUUAGCAGUGGGUGGAACGACAGCUGUGCAUAGAACUGUAUUUCCUCCUGCUUCGUAGAUUGAGUGAAGAAACGCCGGAAAACGGGAAACCAAGGCGAAGAACUGGGACUGUUUCAUCGUUACCCUUCGAGUGUUGCAUCAUACUGACUACAAAUAGCUUCGGCGACCGUCCCGUCGGAUAUUUUCUGAAUUAUCUGUGAAUGUGCCAGUUAUUUUAAGUACUUAAGUUUUGAUAAGUGUUUCGUUAAGUUUACCUUUUAUGACCUUUUGUUAUGUUAUCAUUUUAACGUAAAUAAACACAUUCAAGUUAGAAGACAUUUUUUUUAGUGUAAUAAGUGCUCUUGUGUUUGACCAGUGGAAUCAUCUACACCAACAUGACGGAACGUUUCAAGGUGACCAAGUCGGCGCCUCCGCUGGACGAAGAAGCUGCGGCAGUUACCGGCAGGUUGCUGUCCUCCUCCGAGAAGCAAGGUGAACCCACCGAUGAGCAGCCAUUCGUGUCCAAAGAUGGAAAAGUCGGUGCUAACCUGUAUCUAUACUCGGAGGAAAUCCAGGAACGACCUCAAAUCACCACGCUCAUUUCGUCCCUGGCAAACUACUCCAACACGAUACCUGCUGCAACGGAUCCGGAUGCAAAACCAGCCCAGCCCUCGGCCCGAAUGGGCACGCUGAUCGGUGUCUUUCUGCCGUGUAUACAGAAUAUUUUCGGUGUAAUUUUAUUCAUCCGUUUAACAUGGGUAGUCGGUACGGCCGGAGCUAUUUUUGGGUUUUUAAUUGUAUUAUGUUGUUGUUGCGUGACUAUGUUAACUGCCAUUUCGAUGUCUGCAAUUGCCACGAACGGGGUGGUACCGGCGGGCGGGAGCUAUUUCAUGAUAUCGAGAUCGCUCGGGCCCGAGUUCGGCGGCGCUGUUGGGAUGUUGUUCUACACGGGAACGACACUGGCGGCCGCUAUGUACAUAGUCGGUGCGGUUGAAAUCGUGCUGACUUACAUGGCUCCGUGGUUAUCGAUAUUUGGAGAUUUCACGAAAGACGCUUCUGCGAUGUACAACAAUUUCCGCGUCUAUGGCACGGGUCUGCUCUGCGUUAUGGGUCUGAUCGUGUAUCUGGGCGUGAAAUUCGUAAACAAGUUCGCAACGGUUGCGCUAGCCUGUGUCAUCUUCUCCAUCAUUGCGGUCUACGCCGGUAUCUUCAACAACAUCGAUGGCAACGAUAAACUAUUCAUGUGCGUUCUUGGAAAGCGUCUUCUGAGGGAUAUUGCCGUUGACAAUUGCACCAAGGAGGUGGGCGGCCCGCUGUACAAUACAUUCUGCGAAGGUGGCGAGUGCGAUCCAUAUUUUACAGAACAUAACGUGUCGCUGGUGCGAGGUAUCAAGGGACUCAAGAGUGGCGUGUUUUUCGACAACAUUUUUCCCUCGUUUUUACAAGAAGGACAAUUUAUCGCAUACGGACUGGAUCCAGAGCACAUUGAGCCACUUGACAGGCCGUCGUACAACCAGGUCUAUGCUGAUUGCACCACUGCGUUUACGAUAUUGAUCGGCAUCUUCUUCCCAUCGGUGACAGGUAUCAUGGCCGGUUCCAACCGUUCCGGUGAUUUGGCCGACGCACAAAAGAGUAUCCCCAUCGGAACGAUCGGUGCCAUCCUAACGACGUCCACCGUAUAUCUGUCCUGUGUGAUGCUGUUCGCCGGCACGGUCGACAAUUUGCUACUGCGUGAUAAAUUCGGUCAAUCGAUAGGAGGCAAACUAGUGGUGGCAAACAUGGCCUGGCCGAACCAGUGGGUCAUCCUGAUUGGAUCGUUCCUGUCCACUCUCGGUGCCGGACUGCAAAGCUUGACGGGUGCUCCCCGUUUACUGCAAGCCAUCGCCAGGGAUGGUAUCAUUCCGUUCCUCGAACCAUUUGCCGUAUCGUCCAAGCGUGGCGAACCAACCCGGGCCCUCAUCCUGACGCUGCUAAUCUGCCAGAGCGGCAUUCUGCUCGGAAAUGUCGAUCUGUUGGCCCCGCUGCUGUCCAUGUUCUUCCUGAUGUGCUACGGAUUCGUGAAUUUGGCCUGUGCCGUCCAGACGCUGCUACGGACGCCCAACUGGCGCCCGCGUUUCAAGUUCUACCAUUGGUCACUAUCGCUGAUCGGUCUAACGCUGUGCAUGUCGAUUAUGUUCAUGACAUCGUGGUACUUUGCACUGAUUGCAAUGGGAAUGGCGGUGCUCAUCUACAAGUACAUCGAAUACCGAGGAGCCGAGAAGGAAUGGGGCGACGGUAUCCGAGGUAUUGCCCUGUCGGCCGCCCGUUACUCGCUGCUCCGGCUAGAGGAAGGCCCGCCGCACACCAAGAACUGGAGGCCGCAGAUCCUGAUGCUGGCCAAGCUGAACGACGAUUACACGCCCAAAUAUCGCAAGCUGUUCUCGCUGGUAUCGCAGCUGAAGGCCGGCAAAGGUCUGGUGGUGGUCGUUUCGCUAAUACAGGGUGAUUUCACGAAACGAGCCGGCGAGGCUGCAGCUGCCAAGCAGAGUCUUCGCAAGCUGAUGGAGGACGAAAAGGUGAAAGGAUUCUGCGACGUGAUGGUGGCGUCCAACGUGGCCGAUGGGUUGUCUCAUGUCGUCCAAACGAUUGGUCUCGGCGGCAUGAAGCCCAACACUGUGAUCCUUGGCUGGCCGUACGGAUGGCGCCAGAGUGAAGACGAUCGAACGUGGCAUGUGUUCCUGCAGACCGUCCGGAACGUUAGUGCCGCCAGGAUGGCUCUGCUGGUACCGAAGGGAAUCAACUUCUUCCCGACGUCGCAGGAUAAGAAGAUCUCCGGAAACAUCGACAUCUGGUGGAUAGUGCACGAUGGUGGCCUGCUGAUGUUGCUGCCAUUCCUGCUCAAACAGCACCGCUCCUGGAAGAACUGCAAGAUGCGCAUCUUUACCGUCGCCCAGAUGGAAGACAACUCGAUCCAGAUCAAGAAGGAUCUGAAGAUGUUCCUGUACCAUUUGCGAAUCGAGGCCGAGGUGGAGGUCGUUGAGAUGAUGGAUAGCGAUAUCUCGGCAUACACCUACGAGCGAACCCUGAUGAUGGAACAGCGCAACCAGAUGCUCCGGAAGUUGCGGCUCAACAAACGCGAAAAGGAGAAUGUCGUGGAAAAUAUAGUGGACUUUAAUCAAGGUGCCGCCAACGGAGAGGAUCGAACACCCCUGAACUCUAAAGAAGAAGAACUCAAGGAAUUCGUUUUCAGUACGGUGCAAGCAAUUGUGGAUCACCAUCACCACAUCGAGAACAACACCAAAACGGCAUCGAAGGUUAGGUUUGCCGAUCCGGCCGAGAACAAGGACAUCUUCAACGACGACGACCGUGAAGAAAAGCAUGAGACUGAAUCCGAGAAGGACAAGGACACCAAAGAGAGUGAGAACGACAAUGAUGCAAACAAUGAAAAUUCCGAGAAAAAGGAACAACAGCAAUCCCCGCAGCCGGUGGCCAACAAUGUGGCCUCGCCCGGAAAGGACAGCAAGAAGAGCGCCGCCGGAGAUGAAACGCCCAAAUCGCCUAGUAAAGCUAAUUAUAAGCCUGAUGAAGGCAACGUGAGACGAAUGCACACGGCUGUGAAACUCAACGAGGUUAUAGUCAACAAGUCGCACGACGCUCAGCUGGUCAUACUGAACCUGCCUGGCCCACCGAAGGAGACACAUGUGGAGCGGGAAAGCAACUACAUGGAAUUCCUGGAAGUCCUCACCGAAGGUCUGGAACGAGUGCUGAUGGUGCGAGGAGGCGGACGAGAGGUCAUCACCAUUUACUCUUAAGAGGAAUUCCGCACCAAACCACCAUCCCUCCUUUCUCCUCUGCCUGCCGGAUUCCGGUGGGUUAAGGAUAGAAAUUCUCCCACGGCUGCUAGAUCCGAGGGUCUUAAAUACGCUUCAAACAUCGUCGCCGUCGUCGUCGAAACACACACACACACACACGAACAUUCAAACAAACACACAAUAAACACACAUUACGAACACACAGAGAUAACCUUUCAACAAAACACGAGAUUGCUGGAGCGUGAAGUCACACAUACAAUAACAUUUUUCUACACUCGAAAACAAACCAACAACAGAAAAGCAAAAGUUAAGAAACCAAAAACAAAAGUAGAAAUUAUAGUCAAACUGUGAAUUCUAAUAGUGUUAGGUUAUAGAGUCGGGAAUAUGAGGAGAAAAAAAACAACACUAAACAUUAGUAAAAGGAAAGUUAUCAAACUUUUAAAAAAGAACGUACGUAUCGCGAUAGGAUUUAGUAAAUAAAUAAAAAUCUAGUAGAAUACAAAAUGAAAAUGAUAAGAAAAAACAGUUAAAAAUGUUGACAAACUUCCGUUCAGAAUGGAGGUCAUGCGAAUAAAACUGAAUUGCAAGUCUAUGUGUAUGCGUGAAGAAGACAUUAGGAAGCAUUACUCUUUGAGUGAACGAACAUAAUGAAACAUGAGGAAAAGAGGCAUGAUGUGUUCUGCUUUUUUUAAUUUCAAACAAAUUUAAUCCAAUUGUGAGAAAAAAAAGCGUAGUACCUUUCCAAAACGUGCGAGAUUUACACAUACUACAGCUACUUUGAGAUACACACUCAUUUACAACAACACAACAGAGAAUAGAAACGUUACUUUUUAUACUGGUGAAUAAAGUUAAUUAUGCAUUGUGUGGAAAAAAAAUCCGAGAUCAAACCGAAAUACAUGCACACAAGUAGAGUACCACCAAGAAGAACAAUAGCUACUACUGAACGUCUACAGCAACAUGCAAUCAAAUGAAAAAUCAAGUAAAACCGAAAACGUCUAUUAGCAGCAGCACUUUUCUGACCUAGAACGUCAUAUAUUUUAUACUUUGCCCACCUGUUUUUGUACACUAGCCUACGAACAAUUUUUCAAACAACACCAAAAUGUGACUCGAAUCCGACGUGAUCAAAUAGGAAAUCAAACAGUCGGGGUUACGAUGAUCGAAAUUGAAAAUCAUGAAACACAAUACCUAAGUAUUAAUUUACACAAACCAAUUCGCUUGGAUCAGUUUGCUAGACCGGUGCGUUUGUGAAACUGUAAGUUCGUUUGUGUGUCUGUGCCAUCGUUACCGCGAACGCAAUAGGGUGCGUUCGAUUCGCAACAUCGUUGAUUAUAGCUUUUUAUCACUUUCACACACACACGUUGAUAGGAUGAAGAAUUAUCUUAUCAUUGUUAAGUGAUUGAUUUCGUUGAAUAUUCGGAUUUUGUUUAUGUUUAGAUUUCUUUUGAUUAUUUUGAUUUCCUUCCUAGUAUUAUUAGUUCCAUUUAAUGGGUUAACAUUGUGCCAGGUGAACAAAUUCGAUCGUAGAGUAGAGUUAUGUUUUAUGUUACA